AUGGAAAAAGACGGACAAACCCUAAAGAUAUUCGGCGACGAAGAAACGUUUGAUCCCUCCGAAAUCACACAACUUUUUCCAAAUAAAGAUUUCAAAUCUCUAGAAAUCUCUGAUAAGGUUUCCAUCAUUCCUAAAGCCGCAUUUUCGGGUUCCAAAAAACUCGAGACUGUAACCAUUACAUCAACUCUUACUAAAAUCGAAGAGGAAGCUUUUAUGAAAUGUUAUUCUUUGGUUACAAUAACAUUCCCAUCAACUCUUCAAGAAAUAUCAAGUAAUGUUUUUGAAGGAUGCACACGCUUAGAAUCUGUUUCAUUCUCCGGCUUUUUAACCAAAAUUGGCGAAAAGGCAUUUUACCAAUGUGAAAACCUCGAAUCAUGCGAAUUCCAAGACAACUUAACAUCCGAUGCCUUUGAACUUGGCCCUAUGGCCUUCGGUAGCUGUUCUUCUUUGAAAUCAAUCCAACUUCCGAAGAACUUGAAGAAUAUCAGUUUAAUGGCUUUCUCCAACUGCGAUUCCCUUUCCCAAAUUACAAUCCCUGACUCAGUUGAAAUAAUUGAGAGAAGAUCUUUCUUAAUGUGCAAGUCCCUUGAAGAGAUCAACCUAAACAAGGUCAAGACCAUCGAUACAGAUGCUUUCAUCUACUGCACAAAGCUCAAAACCGUUAAUUUCGGUGAUUCAUUGAAGGCAAUCCGUUCUCAAGCAUUUUUCAACUGUUCAUCACUUACAUCUGUUACUACUCUUCCUAACAGUCUCUGGACAAUUGGAGAAAGAGCUUUUGCUAACUGUGUUUCCUUAUAUGAAUUUGUAUUUCCGAACAGAAUCCAAGAAACAGGAAAUAACACAUUCGAAGGUGAUGUAAGUCUUGAAAAAGUAACUCUUUCCGACUCUGUUCUUAAGAUUUCGUAUCAAACAUUCAAAGAUUGCACAAAACUCAAAGAAAUCGAAGGCAGCAGUGUCCGCACAAUUGAUAGAUAUAGUUUCCAGAACUGCGCUUCACUUACAACAGUCAAAUUCCCUCAACUUACUAAAAUCAAGAUUUUCGCAUUCAGAUAUUGCAAUUCUCUUCAAUCCUUCACCAUCCCCAACACCACAGCGGAAAUCAAACCAUCUGCAUUCUGCGAUUGCUUGAAAUUGACAGAGUUCAAAGUUGAUCCAGAUAAUAAGAACUUUGCUGUUUCAUCCAAUGGAUGUUUGAUGAACAAGAACAAGACAUCAUUAAAGGUUUAUCCAUACGGUCUGAAGAAAGUCGAAAUUCCAGAAGGAACAGAAACAAUUUCGAGUUAUUCCUUCUAUCAGAACAAAAACAUUGAAGAAGUUAAUAUUCCAAACACUGUUACAUUCAUUGAACCAACAGUUUUCUUCAACAGCUCAUUAAAGAGGAUAACAAUCCCUGGAUCCAUUGAUACAAUCCAUCCAUCAACAUUCGAAUACUGUGACCAAUUAACUGAAGUUGUUGUUGGCGAAGGACUCAAGAUUAUUUUAAAGAAGGCUUUCUCUCAUUGCACAAGUUUGGCUAAGAUGAACUUUCCAAAAUCAUUAACAAUAUUAUCAGAGAGUUGUUUCUCUGACUGCUCGAGUCUUUCUGAAGUUGAUUUGACAAAUUUGCAUAGAAUAGAUAAUUAUUGUUUCCAGAGAUGUGUAUCAUUGACAUCAGUUGUUCUUCCUAAUCUCAAAGUCCUUGCAUACGGAUUGUUCUCUGGCUGCAAUCAUUUGAAGAGUGUCACCAUCUCUAAUCACACACAGUUUAUUUAUUCUGGAUGUUUCGAGUAUUCUGGAAUUGAGAAAAUAAUUUUACCUUCUAAUUUGAGUGUAAUAAGGAAAACAUCAUUUAAAGAUUGCCACAAUUUGGCUGAGAUUGAAAUUCCAAUGAAUGUUACAUCAAUUGAAAGUAUGGCUUUCUAUAAUUGCUACUCAUUGAAGAAAGUUACAAUUUACGGACAAAUUAAAGAAGGAAUUUCUGAAAAUGCUUUUGCAAAAUGUACAAAAUUGUAUGAAGUGUUUUUCACUCAAAAUGUCAAUUCUAUCAAAGAGAAAACAUUCGAUGAAUGUGAAAAUCUUACUAAAAUAACUUACUGUGGAAUUGAACCAGUAAAUGGAGAAUCAAUGACUGAAUUUGAUAAACAAGUCACUGUUUAUGUCGACAAACAGUACUUGAAGAAAUCUAAGACAUUCGCUGGCUUGACUCACUUGGAAUCAACAAAUGCAUGCCAUUAUAAGAAACGUGUCAACAUUGCUCUCAUCAUAAUCAUAUCUUUAUCUUGUCUUAUAGUUGUUCUUGUCGUUGUUUUCAUCAUUGUAUGGAGGAAAUGCCCACGUAAGUUUGAUACAACCACUUCAUCUCAACUAGUUGAAUCUCUUUUAUAA